GAGGAUGAAAGUGACUUUCGUUGUGCUUUUGGCGCUUGUCGCCGCCCUUCUGCGUCCCAGCGAGGGACGCAAGUUCACCAAGUGCGAACUCCUGCCGAUCCUCCUGGACGAGGGCUUUCCGCUGGAGGAGAUUUCCGACUGGCUGUGCGUCAUUCAGACCGAGAGUUCGUACAACAGCUCCGCCAUCGGAGGGCCCAAUACGAAUGGAUCAUUUGAUUACGGGCUGUUUCAGAUCAACGAGAAUUACUGGUGUGACGACGGAGGACUUUCCAAUGACUGCAACAUCGACUGCAAGGAUCUGCUGGACGACAAUCUGUCGGACGAUCUGCAGUGCGUGAAGAAGAUCUACGCGCGCCACGGCUUCUCGGCGUGGAACGGCUGGAAGAAGUGGUGCCAAGGCGCCAAGCCCAGCUUCACCGAGUGCCUGAGCAUCGGCUGUCGGCCGCUGAAGUGAAACGCACGCCUUUCAUCAUAGCUUUCAAUAAUAUUUUAUAUAUUAUUUUUUUGUUACAUUCAUUAUGUAAUGUAAAGAAUUUACAAUAUGGAUUCAUUAGUAAAACUGAGAAAAUUAUUCCAUCCUUUUCUCAAACAUUCCUCGCUUUCUUUCUUUCUUUUUCUUUUAUCCUCUCGCAAGAUUUUUUGUUUUUUCGUCUGUCUUCUUCAUCAAAACUUGCAUGCUUUUGAAUGGUGAAAAUCAUUUGAAAAAAAUUAAAGUUUAUGUGAGAAUUAAAUGUCCAACUUUUCCCGGAAGAUUGUUUAACUUCAUUCUUGCGAUUUUCACUCCUUUUUCUUCUCUCUUUUCUUUACAUUCAACAACAAUUAAUAUUGCUCAUUUGCAGUGUUGUGUGAUUUUUCUCUGCAUCGAAUCAUUCUUUUCUUUUCUUUUUGGUAAAUGAAUCUGUUUUUUUCCUUUAUUUUUGAAUGCAAAUAAACAUUAAAGAGAUUUAUUACAAAAAAAAGACACUUUUCAGCUUCUGGAAGUAUGAUUAAAAAAAAGAUUCAUAAAGAAAAAAACUGGUGAAAAUCAAUAUUAAUUUCAUUGAUAUCUUCUUGGUUUGUGUUUUUCUCAUCUUGUUUUUUUUUUCUUUUAGCAGAAGCCUAAAAUUUAUUACAAUUAAUUACAUUAUGUUAUGUAUAUGACUUAGUUUUGCUCUCUUGCAUUUUCUCAAACGUCUCAAAUUUUCUCCCAUUUCACACAGAAAUUCUUUCUCUCUCUUUCUCUCUCUCUGAAAAACGCAUAAAAUUGUCUUUCGACAGUUUUGUUGGCGAAAACAAAAAUAGAGAAGGUAAAAAUGAAGGUGAUUUUAUGAGUUUUCUUUUCCUCAUUUCUGCUUCCUUUUCUCCAUGAUUUUUCUUCUUUUCAUUCUUUUCAUUUUUUAAUAUUGUAGGUCGUUCAAAAUGCCUCUUUUUCCAUCAACUCAGCUCACAAAUGUUUUCAACACAAAUUGGGGGUGGUUCUCUUAUCAAAUGUCUCACGUUUUUCUCCUUCUUUCCUCUUUUUUUUCUUUAAUACAAGAUUACUUAGCACUGUUUUUCUUCUCCUUCUUCUUCAUUUACUCUAACAAUUUUUUUUUACGCAAGGAAAAUUUGCAGUGAAACAUGAAAUGUGAUUGCAUGAAACAUCGCAUGGGUUUCAUGUGAGUGUUUCAUGAGUGUUGCUUCUUUUCGUGAUUUCAUUGGCAAAUUUCACCCUUUUUUCUUGGUGGCUCUUUCUCAAUGCACUUUCUUCUUUAUCAGUUCUUUUCCACUCUCUUCCACACACUCUCUCUCUCUCUCUCUCGCUCUAUCACUAGAAUAUCCUCUGUUGUCACGCUUCAGUGCGCAAAAGAACGUGGUAUACAAUUAACACCGCCUCACCUCAAAUAUUCCUUUCUUUCUCUCUUUCUUUCGCUCUCUCUCUCUCUCUCUUGUCGCUAAAAAUCCUUUUUACAAGUGUGUGUUUUUUUUUAUACUUCUUUAGAUCCUAUUCAUUAUAUCUAUAUCUUUAUAUAUAUGUAUCAUUAAUUAUUAAAUAAAUUAAAAUAUACAUUUAUUACCGCAUUAUUAUGGUUUUCUCUUCAUAAAUUUUCCUCUCUUUCUUCCUUCACUGCUCAAAAAACAGAAAACAGAAAACAAAGAUAUUUAGUACAAUUUAUAAGGACUUUUUCUUCUUCUUCUUCUUUCUCCAGUAUCGUUUUUUUUUUUGCUCCUCAAAAUCUCACCUUUUCUCUUUUCAUAAUAAUGCGCAUUUCCACAGGCAAAAAGAGUCUUUUCUGCAGAGAAAAUCAAGCGUAUUUGAAAGGUCACACAUUUUUUCUCUCUCUCUUCCACUUUUGAAAUAAAUCCGAAAAUAGUACUUUUUUUUUGGCAGGACUGAUUUUCUUCCCUCAUUUUCUUUUCCUUGGAGUAUUUAAUGCUUUUUUUUUCCCCCAAUUUACCCUGCAAAUCAAUUGAUUUUCUCUCCUCGUCGGAACACAUUUUUCUUUUUCUUCAUUUUUAUCAUUCUUCUUUGCAUUUUUUGCGCUGCGCUUCUUCGAACGUGUCAAAAUUGUCACACAAUUCAAUACAAAAAUAUAUAAUUUUUAUGUGUUGUUGUUGUGUUUAUUUUUUAAUAGCUAUUUUAGUGGAGCACAAGAUAAAUAGGGGGAUUUUAAGAAGUUGUGGAAAUUUUAUCCUUUCUUGGAAGUUUUUACACAAAUAAUUCCGUGCUUUUUCAUUCUAUUUUUCACGCUAUUUUUUCCCCCAAAGAUUUCUUUCAUCUCUCGAAUAACAGAAAAACUUAAGAAAUACUCGCAUUUCUUCACAAAAUUAUCUUUCUCUCUCUCUCUCUUGUCGCUCUCUUAUGUUAAUAGUUUGAUAACAAUAUUCUUCUCAUGCGCGCGUGAUUUUCUGGAUUUCCUUUCGUUCGUCUGCAUUUUUUUUUUAAUAAUGUUUUAAUUCAGCAAUAAAUACAAAUUCAAGGACUUUCUCACGUCGCUUCACGCUAAGAUUGGAUAUUUUUCUUGUUUGUUUGUUGUGUUUGUGUGUGUUUUUUUUGCUUGCAUUCUUUUUCCUCUUUUUCUCCUUUUUGUUUUUAAAAAUGGUAAGAUUUCCACGAUAAGUGUUGUUUUUUUAAACGCUAUUUGUUUUCCAUCUUCGCAAUGAAAAAAGAUUUUGUCAAAAUUGAAAACUUUCUUUUAUUUUAUUGACAAAUUAAAUCAUCAUCAACGUGUUUUCGGACAGAGAAUUUUUCUUUUAUUAUUAUUAUCAUGGCAAUUAGAAGAUGUUUUUCUCUUGACGAUGCAAAUUCAACGGAAAAGAAGAAAGAAAACACUGAUUUUUUUACUGCUAUUUUUCUUUUGUCUCUUGUGAAAUCCUUUCAUUGCGAAUAUUUUUCACCACAUGAAUUUUCUUAUUUUUCUUUUCCACCUUUUACAAAUUUGUUAUCAUCUAUUGUUCUUACAAUUACAACUUAAAAUUCAAUUUCUUCUCUUUCUCUCUCAUUUUUUUUUUAUAUAUCUAUAACGUGUUUUUUUUCUCUGUUCAUUCAAAUAUUUUAUAUAUAUAUAUAUAUAUAUAUAUAUAUAUAUAUAUAUAUGGAUAUAUCAAUUUUUGCCUUACAAUUAUUACAUUCUUUUUACAAACAGCACAGAUUUUUUUCUUCUUCUUAUCUUCACUUUUU